GAGGGGGGUCCAGCGCGGGGCGAGACAGCCGAGGACCGACCAGCAUGGACCCCCAAGCAAAGGACCGCACCAGCCCGGCGGCGGGGGGCUUCAGCGGGCGUCUGGCCUCUCUGGGAGCCGACGGGGGUGACUCUGAGUCCGGAGCCGGCUCGGAGGAGGCUGCCGUGGGCUGCUGCAGCGAUACGUUCAGCAGCCUGCCCGACAUGGAGCAGGAUACUCUGGAGGAGAAAUUAAGAGGACUGGCGUUCAGAAAACAGACCUCGUAUCGGAAGGCGAUCUCCCGCUCAGGCGUCCAUUACCUCGGUCCACCCCAACCAUCACUUCCUCCAGCAUCCAACGGACCCAACAAGGAGCUACGUACCUGCGUGGACUGGACGGAGAACGCAGUGAAUGGGGAUCACCUGUGGAUGGAGACGAGUUGUUCCGGAGAGCUCUGUUAUCUGGGAGAGGACACCUGCCUACUCAAGACUGCAAAGUCGGCCCCCAGGAGGAAAUGUGCAGCCUGCAAGAUCGUCGUUCACACUGGCUGCAUAGAGCAACUAGAAAAGAUUAACUUCCGAUGUAAGCCAACCUUCAGAGAGGGAGGAUCCAGAUGCCUCAGAGAUAACAUACUGAGGCAUCACUGGGUUCACAGACGAAGACAGGAAGGGAAAUGUAGGCAGUGUGGAAAGAGUUUUCAGCAGAAGUUCUUUCACAGUAAAGAAAUCAUCGCCAUCAGCUGUUCUUGGUGUAAACAGGCUUUCCACAACAAGGUGACGUGUUUCAUGCUGCACCAGAUAGAGGAGCCGUGCUCUCUGGGGGCCCACGCUGGAGUCAUAGUACCACCCUCCUGGAUCAUCAAAGUCAGGAAACCACAGAGCUCACUUAAGAACUCUGCCAGGAGAAAAAAGAGGACUUCUUUUAAACGGAGAACAAGCAAAAAGGGACUGGAUGAGUCGAAAUGGCGUCCGUUCAUGUUGAAGCCCCUCCCCUCUCCCCUCAUGAAGCCCAUCUUGGUUUUUGUCAAUCCCAAGAGUGGGGGCAACCAGGGUGCCAAGGUGUUACAGAUGUUUAUGUGGAUCUUGAACCCUCGGCAAGUCUUCGACCUGUCACAGGGUGGACUGCGGGAGGCGUUGGAGUUGUAUCGCAAAGUGCCAAAUCUGAGGAUCCUUGCCUGUGGAGGAGACGGCACAGUGGGGUGGAUCCUGUCGGCUCUCGAUGAGCUGCAGAUGAACCCACAGCCUCCGGUCGCUGUGCUUCCUCUGGGAACAGGAAAUGACCUCGCCAGGACGCUCAACUGGGGUGGGGGUUACACAGAUGAACCGGUGUCCAAGGUUUUGUGUCAUGUGGAGGACGGUUCGGUGGUGCAGCUGGACAGGUGGAACCUCCUAGUGGAGAAGAGUGCUGUCCAGCCAGAGGAGGGAACACAGAAGCUGCCCCUGAAUGUGUUCAACAACUACUUCAGCCUGGGCUUCGAUGCUCACGUCACCCUGGAGUUCCACGAGUCCAGAGAGGCCAACCCAGAAAAGUUUAACAGUCGCUUCCGCAACAAGAUGUUCUAUGCAGGAGCUGCGUUCUCAGAUUUCCUCCAGAGAAGCUCCAGGGAUUUGUCCAAGCACGUCAGAGUGGUGUGUGAUGGUACAGAUCUAACUCCCAAGAUCCAGGAGCUGAAGUUCCAGUGCAUAGUGUUUCUGAACAUUCCCAGGUACUGUGCUGGCACCAUGCCGUGGGGAAACACAGGCGACCAUCGAGACUUUGAACCACAGCGCCAUGAUGAUGGCUGCAUCGAGGUUAUCGGCUUCACCAUGGCCUCGCUGGCAGCGCUGCAGGUUGGAGGUCACGGAGAAAGACUUCACCAGUGCAGAGAAGUUGUCCUCACUACCUUCAAGACUGUACCUGUUCAGGUGGACGGGGAGCCCUGCCGACUGGCUCCAUCCACUCUACGCAUCUCCCUUCGAAAUCAGGCCAACAUGGUCCAGAAGAGCAAGAGGCGCACCUCAGUGCCCCUGCUCAACGAUCCUCACGCAGUUCCAGAUCGCCUGCGCCUUCGAGUGAAUCGGAUCAGCCUGCAGGAGUACGACCGGCUGCAGUACGACAAAGAACGACUACGAGACAUCUCCAUCCCAGUCGGCAUCGUGGUGGUGAGAGGCGACUGUGACCUGGAGACAUGCAGACUCUAUAUCGACAGAUUACAAGAGGAUGAGAGCAGAGGCGUCCCCAGGACCAGUUCAACCAGUAGACUGUCUCCCAACUGGAGCUUCUUGGAUUCCACGUCAGCUGACCGCUUCUAUCGCAUAGACAAGGCUCAGGAGCACCUCCACUUUGUGACAGAAAUCUGUCAGGACGAGGUGUUCAUCCUGGACCACGAGAGUCCUGUGGUGAACCAGGGGUCGUCCACGGGGAUGCCUGAUCUGGUGGUGGAACCCACUGCAGGUGCUCCCCUGACACCUGAGGAACAAGCUCUACUGACUGCAGCCAGUUCCGGGGAUCUUCCCAUGCUGUCAGAGUGUGUGGGUCAAGGAGUCAGCUUGUUGGUCAGAGACUCUGGAGGCUGUUCAGCGUUACAUAUAGCUGCCCAGAACGGACACACGGACCUGGUCAGCUACAUACUGCAGCAAGGCUCUAAGGUUCUUCUGGAUUUGACAGACAAAGAGAAAGGGGACACUGCCCUGCACAAAGCAGCCUCAGAGAAGCAGCACGCAGUGUGUCGGUUGCUGGUGGAGGCCGGAGCGUCGCUAGAAAAGACCAACUUCCAGGGGAAAACACCGGCAGAACAAGCAGCGGGAGACUCGGAGCUCGCCACCUACUUGAGCUCCCAGCAGAGCUCAUCUGGCACCCAUGAAGACCUGGAGACGGCUGUCUGAGGCGCAACACACUCACACACUCUGUGUCUCUGGACUCCAACACACUCGUCGUCGAGACUGACCGGGAGAGGAGAGUGUUUCAGAAACGACCAGAGUCUGGGUCCGACUGUGCGGACGGAGAGAGAGACAGAUCAGACGAGUGAUGAACUGCUUCAGCGCGCAGCAGCACUGCAGUGAAGAUUUUAAUGGUCAACUAUUUAUUUGUAUUUAUUUAUUCAUAUUCUAUUUAUUGGUUGUGCUGAUUGAUUGACUGAUUGUAGGACUAUUAACGGUUCAGGAUGCAAGUGCAAUUUGACCAGCCGUCACACGUCGUGAGUUCACCUGAGUUCAGCUGUGGAGCUCAUGGAAACAUGUUUCUUAUCUUGUAAGGGAUUCAUAUUUUACUCAGUAAGACUUCUACAGUGUUGAUUAAGCAUUGAACAGCCGUUACAAAGGACAGUCUAAAUAGCAAAGUCUCAUUUCAGAGCUGUAAGAAAUAGUAUACGUUUAUGUUUAUCCCUUAAAACCUGCGUGCCAAAGACAUUGCACUGAUGUAGUGUCAUAUUUAGUCCAAAACUUCAGUAAUGACCCAACACGUUGCUCCACAUCCUCAUGGAUCUCCAAAACUUUUGAAGCUGUGUCUUUAAUACCAAAUUAUGCAAUGAUGACAAGUCCGUCACAUGCUGCUUCACUCCCUGAGUCACCACGAGCCACAGUUACAGAAAAGCUCAUAGACACACCAAGUACAGGAACUGGUUGAACAUAUCGCCUGCUGAAGCUCUCCCAAAUAACCACACACUUUUUUUUUUUUUUUUUUAAAGGAACUACUUAUUUUUCCAACCUGCAAAAAGUCCCUGCUCUGGGAACUUUAUAUCCAUCAUUAUGUUCCUCUCCAGGAACUCGGGGCAGGUGUGAGGUGGUGCGAACAUUAACAGGAUCGGUCUUGUUAUCAGCCUUUCUGUUUCCAUGACAGCGUAGAAUCCAGCAGAUUCAACAGCAACAGUAAAAGUUAGUUGGUUGAAAUUUGGCCUACAAAACCAAACAUAAUAAAAUCACUGAGUUUCAGCUGCUUAGUUUGAUUUGUACAAGCAUUUUGAAAUGUGACAUUAGCUCAACUAACUUAAACAAACUGCAUUAGACAUAAAUAAAAGUAAUCAAAACAAUCUUUAACUGAAUUUUAACAUUUUAAAAUGAAGCUUUUUUUUCUCGAUAGCAGACUGCAGACAUUGAACUCCGUUAUUCACCUUUCUUAAAAUGUACAAUAUAAUGCCAAACAUUAUGCAAGUUUCCCCCCUCAGAAAUUUAAUUUAGUAAUAGUAACAAGUCUAUACCAAAUAUUACAAAAACAAGCUGACUUUUAGUUACAUUUUCAAAAUAUAAACUUCUUGUUAACUUGCUCUAGAGAUUCAAAUCUGAGUUUUUUACUGACACCUGACCAUUAUUGUAUGGUACAGAGUGCAAACAAUAUACAAGAAUGACAAAGCUACAUUUAAUUUAGGCUUUUUUGUGUGUAAUCACAAAAUUAAACAGAAAGUUUAAAUAGUACUUUAUUACCUUUACACCAAACUGGACAGUAGAGAGAAGACAUAACGUUGAAUUAUUGUAUUAGAGCUGAAAAGAUGAAUCCAUUCUUCGAUAGAAAAUCUUUUUUAAGGGGGGUAAAAAUGCCUAAAAAUGUUGAUUUCAGUGUCUCGGUUGUAAAGAUUUGCUUGUUUUCUUUGUCGUCUUUGUCAGUAAAUUUGAUAUUUUUUAUCUUUUUCGGUCGGACAAAAAGAGAUCAAGAGACCCUAAGAGGCAGUCGUGGCAGUUUUCUGACCUUUUAAUGACACAUUAUUCAUCUAGAAUAGAAAAUAACGAGCAGAUAGAAACGUCAGUCCCAUUUUCAGAGCAACGGAAGACCACAACACUUUUUUUUACAAGACUUCACUGUUUUCAAACUUGUCUAAAAUGUUGCCAUCGAUGUAGUUUUUUUUUUGUCACAAAUGAGCAAAACGGGACCGAAACCGUCGCCGCUGAGUGGACCAGAUGUCACUGGUGAGAGGGGACCAGUAUGGAGGGAACAAAGCAACACAAUACAGGAGGUGUUUAAUCCAGUGCAGCCAGUUGGUUUUUUGGAUGAUAGACCAGAGUCCAUUUAAAAAACUUGAGAUUUAAUGCAUCAUCAGUAAACCUGCUACUUUCAGACAAACUGUCAUCAACAAGUAUUUGAACUUUUCAUGGUGAGUUUGUCUGGUACUCCUGACCCAGCUUUCACAUGCUGUUUGUGUGUGUGUGUGAUAAUAUGACUCAUUCCAUAUCAAAUCUGAAUAGAAACAUCAGUACAACUGCAGCACAGCGGCUGAACUCUGCUCUCUGUGCAGCAUCACUAAAGCCUCUGUGUGUGUGUGUGUGUGUGUGUGUGUGUGUGUGUUUGCAGCAUUUAUCCAAGAAGAGAAAAGAAAAAUCUGAGCCAUAUUCAAUGCAAUAUGAAUAGAUGACGUCUUUUUUGCAUUUCUCUAUUAAUCGUUUACAUUACAUUAAUGUUUGAACAUAGUCGACCAUUUAGCACCGAGGAGUAUUGAAUGUGCAAUUUUACUUCAGUGCUGGUUGGGUAUAUGAUUGUCUUGUUAUUUUUGUUGUUUUUUUUUUCUUUUGCGUGCAUGUAUGUCAGUGGUUUGAAACAACCCUGUGAGGUCUCUUUUGAUAUAACCUGUUGUAAACAAAAUUCGUAUUUUCAGUAGGAAAUGCUUUCCCGAGUAUUUGUGGGGACAUUUUGAACAUUUCGCGUGUGGCCAUCGUAGAAGUCGCAGAAAAACGCAGCAUCACAGUGUUAAUCAAAGACUUCUUCAGGAGUCAUUUCUUCUUUUGAUGUCAAAAUGUUGUGAUUUUCAUCGUUUAAUCCUUUACUGGUAAGUUUUAUUCAAAAACAGAGCUGUCGUUUGCAUUGAAAAAAGCACGUACAGCAUCUUUUAGAGUCAAUUAUAUACAUAACAGUUAGAAUUAUAUGUUAUGAAAUCAAAAUAAACUUCAUUCAAGGUUUAA